AAACGGGAGGUCCCCUCCGGGCGCAACCAGUUGAGAGCCGGCGCUGAAACGUGUCGGUCGGGAAACGCGAGCUUUGGGAUAGCGGAGCCGUCAAAGCCAGCGCUGGGUGAAGUCGACGAGGUGCUGCUCUCCACUCGAGCGCUCCCACAGCUUUGUUUCUUUUAACUCUCCUUCUUUUAUGUGAGUGUUGUACCGAGUUUGUGACGACUUCUUUUUUGGAAAAAGCUCGUUGAGCGACGACGUGCACUUUGUAGCUCUCAGUGAGUGAACGCGUGGUCCCGAACUCGGAUAUACAGGGCGGCGACGGAGAAGCGUGGAUUGUCGGCUUUAUUCGCCACCUGUGCGCAUGUGGAGUGUAAGUGGUUCCCAGAAGCGUAGCAGCCUGAUGCAGUUGCCUUCAACAUAAGAAAGCCGUACGGAAACUUUUGAUCAGGAAAAAAAAAGGUGGCCAACUUGACAUGCCUAAAGAGACGAGAUCGAGCGCUAAACCGGAAUCUUCUCUCCGGAUUUCCUCUGCCCCCACGCGGAGGCAGCGCUGGCUCCGAACGUGCAGCAACUGCGACGACUGAGCUGUCACGAAGUUCCGGUCCAAGAGGAGCGCAACGGGACAAGCACGCCUCGCGCCUGGACAUCACAGGCGGACGAGUCAAGAGCUGGCCAAAUGACAAACGAGCCCUACGAAAUGGUUCUUCUUGCUACGCCGUCGGAUGUCACGGAGUUCAACAUCAGCGACCGUCACGUCAUCGUACGUGACGACGAAGGGUGGCCGGAGGAGUUGGAGGAGGAAUUUUCCGAGAACUUCCAGAGAGCUGUCACUGUGCUCGGAUACCUGUACACAUUUUUCAUCCCGCUGCUCAUUGUGCUGGGCCUCAUUGGAAACGGGCUGUCCUUCGUCACAUUCCUGUUCACGCGACUCAAGGUCCGAGCGUCAAGCUUUUACCUGGGGACGCUGGCGCUCUCAGACUUCGGCUACCUUUUUCUCAUGGCCUUCGUCUGGCUCGACAAGCAGGGAGUAAAAAUGCUGAACAAGCGCGGCAUGUGCCAGGGAAUCCUCUACCUGUCAUCGGCGUUCAGCUUCUGGUCCGUGUGGCUCACUGUGACCUUCACCGCGGAGCGAUGCUUCGCCGUCCAGUGCCCCCUUUGGAGGCUUCAGCUGGGUACAAGAUGCCGUGCCCGGAUCACAGUCGGCGUGACGGCGGCCGCCUCUUUGUUGCUCAAUGCCUACCUGCUCCUGCUAACUGAUGUGAUCGUCGAAGAAGAUGGCGCCUCAGCCUGUCAUCACAGACCGGAGUUCGAACAGAUCCUGCACUACACCAACAUCAUGGACACGGUGGUCACACUCAUAGUGCCCUUCAUCCUUAUUGUUAUCAUGAACUUCAUGAUCGGCCGGGCUCUGUACCUAUUCAACGCACGUCGAAGGCUUCAGCGAGUAAACAGCGUACAACUGAACUCUGGAGACCAUGACAACCACAACACUUCGAGCGGCUGCUCGCCGACGACUAGCAACAAGGGCAUCGCCACCACGGUGUCCGCCAACGGCUGCACGCAGGUCCACCACCAGUACCCAGAGCGGCUGCUCAUGAACCCCAGCCAGAUCAGCGUGUCCCGCAUGCUUUUCCUCGUAUGCAGCGUCUUCAUCAUCCUCAACUUGCCCAGCUACGUGGUGCGUAUACACGUCUUCGUGCUGUCCAUCAGCAACCAGCCCGUGCCGGACUACGUGUUGCUGCUGCAACGCUACUUCAUGCUCCUGUACUACACAAACUUCGCCGUCAACUUCAUCCUCUACAACCUGGGCAGCCGCAUCUUCCGGCGCAUGAUGAAGCAGUACGUGGCGAGAAAGUGGCGCACGUUGAGCUCGCUUUGCCGCUCCUCGGACAGCUUCGAGUCCAGCGCGGGUGUCGGCGACGUCGGCUCCUUCAAGCCCCGCAACGAUCACAGCGCGCUGGCCCGACAAAAGGUGGUGUCGAAGACGUGAUGCCGGAACCUGGGACGAGGUGGAGCUGAGGUCGGCGACCGUGAAACCCGUCCCGAUACAGAGCGAUCGUCCAAGUCUCACCUGUUGGAGGCACACCGCUGCUGCUACCGCUUUCCGGUGGUCAAGUCGAGCUCAGGCUGCAGCUUCGGCUUCGAAACGACGGAGUGCCGACUCCACGACAAGGUGGGACCAUGGAGCUUCUCCUUAGACACUUCUUCAUCUGUGCUUAGCAUUUCAAGCAAAAAGGAUCGCACUACAAUGUUCGACUAGAAGACAAUACACAUGGUAGUGGUGGUUCCCAAGAGUUCCGAAUCAGAACGCGUGAAAUAAAUCAAGGACACACAGAUCUAUGAUGCACUGGUUCCUUCUUCACAAGAUGCUAAGGACAGCGUUGCAGCACGUCCCAGACUGUUGCCACGUCGGCUAAACGAAGAAAAUUUCAAGACGAAAUCACUCCGUUCGACGUAAGUGUUAAACCGAUGGUACGCAGUGCGCGCUUUAGCGAACUUUUAGUGAACUAAAAUUGUCAUAAAACAGCGAUGCUCGCUGUACGAGUAUUUAGUGUGUCCGCAUGGUGACAGCAUUCAUAAUGAGCUUCGUGUCUCUACAGUUGCGUUUACUGGGACUUAUUGCCUUUUGCCUGAUUAUUGCACAUUUUGCUCAUGAUUAUUUGAGAACUGAGUGAUGGAAAAAUGUAUCAAUGUUCACAAUCGAACUGUUGCAGAUUCUGCUGUCUAGUGUUGCUUCUCGUGUACCGUCACAGGCGUUCGUUCUCAACGUUUACGAUGUGCUUUCAGUGUCCCAAACUCUUAAACAAAUGUACACCCUUUGGGGUGUAUAUUUGUCACAGAACAAUAAUCGUUAUCUGUCUUGCUUGCGUUUCCUUUCUUGAAAACCCUGCACUCGCUUCUUUCCUGUCGAGAAUGCUCUGUCAUGCUCACAACGCGCAUGCCAUUCGUGACUUAGAAGUGCCGGGCUCGCAGAGUUAGAGAGAGGAAAUGCGGACAAGACAGGUGAUUAUUGUUGUUUGGCCAAAUGCGACCUGAAGUGUGUAAUUUAGCUUAAGAGUGUAUUUACCCCAUUUACCACGAAUGUAUAUUCGCACAUGCGAUCACUUUCUUACUGUGUGGAUUGUGUCAGGAACAUGUUCACUUUAAAAGGCCCCUCACCAGGAUUAGGCACUGCACUCAGACAAGAAUCCUGUAGAUCGCACGGUGGUGAUCGUGCUUGCAAAGCAUCAAGUGCCUACACGGCACAGAAAGCAGCUGAAACGUCCAGCAGAAGCCCGCUCGUCCGCUCUCUCGAGGAAGCACUAUCCCAGCAAGAGAGUCCAAGUAACACGCCCAGGGACGUGUCUACGUAAAACUCACUUCUUGCAACGUCAUCGAUUAUGACACUUGACUUAGGUGAGUUGUUCAGAACAGAAGGCGCAGCAUGAAAACUUGAAAUGCGCCACCCAGGAAAAAUAAAUAGGUAAACAGUAUAUAAAGGGGGAAAAUGAUAGCCCCCCAUAAAGGAGGCGGUACUCACGACGUGAACGUAUCACGGUCCCUCGGCUCCGG